AUGGCUCACUACUACGACUCCCAACUCCAACGUCCCACAACCUUCAACUUCGCCACCGAUGUCGUAGACUACUGGGCCCAAAAUCCACCUCACACAAGUGGAAGCAUCGGCGGCGGAGGAAGCGAAAAAGAAGAAGAACAAAAAGAAGAAAAUUACGCCAUGCACUGGCUCUCCCAAGACCGCCAGAUCUCGCGCAAACUCUCCUUUGCGCACUUUAGUCGACAAUCCCAUCGACUGGCCGUCCUCUUUCGCCACCAUCUUCACAUUUUUCCCGGGGAUAAAAUGCUCAUCAUCAUGCCCCGAUUGCCUGAAUGGUGGGAAAUCGCUACGGCGGGUCUGCGGAGUGGAAUUGUUGUGUGUCCCGCCACGACGUUGCUCGUGGAGCAGGAUAUUGCGUAUCGCGUGCAGAGAUCUGGGGCGAAGGUUUUUAUUGGGGAUGCGGUUGCUGUGAAGAAGUUUUUGAGGGUUAGAGGGAAGUGUGGGAGUGUGAAGGUUGUUUUGCAAGUGGAUGGAAGAGGAGGAGGAGGAGGAGGAAGUACUACUACACGUGAAGGUCUUGAGGAGGGGAAUGAAGGGGGUGUAGUGUUGUUGCAUGAGGCGUUGAAGAAAGUCCCCGCUGAUGCGGUGUAUACUGGGCCGAAACCGGGAAUUACAGAUCCGAGUAUGAUUUAUUUCACGAGUGGGACGACAGGCCCGCCGAAAAUGGUGCAACAUAAUCAGAUUUCGUAUCCGUUGGCACAUACCAUUACAGGAAAACAUUUCCAUCGUCUGCGACCUGGGUUUCUCAAUUGGGUGUUGACAGAACAAGGCUGGGCCAAAGCCGGUUGGGCGUGGCUCGGAACGUGGAAUUGCGGCGCAGCACUCUUCAUCCAUGAUGAUCGACAACCUUUCAAUCCUCAAGCCACCUUGGAGAUUUUGCAUAAUUUCCCCAUUACGACGUUUUGCGCUCCACCGACCGUCUAUCGCCAACUCGUCCUCGAUGAGAAUCGCCGCUUGAUGCGUCAGAGGAAACCCAAAGCCCUUCAGCAUUGUACCGGAGCGGGCGAACCUCUGAAUCCGGAAGUGAUACGUCUCUGGCUGGAGAUGACCGGGUUGGAAAUUUGUGAUGGGUUCGGACAAAGUGAGACGAUCUUGCUCUGUGGGAAUUUUGCGGGGAAUGCAAUUCGACCUGGUUCGAUGGGGAAACCUUCCCCUGGGACUCCGUUGUUUGUGAUUAAUGACGAUGGUAGAAUUGCGGGAGAUGGUGAGGAAGGUGAUAUUGCUGUCCGAGUCGAUUUGUCUGGGAUAUCGGAUUUUUUCGGGGUUUUUGAUGGAUAUCUUGAUGAGAAUGGAGUUCUUGAUCGGAGACUUCGUGACGUUCGACGGGACGAUAAUAAUAAUGAUAAGGCAGUAGCAUGGUAUUCCACGGGUGAUCGCGCCACACGCGACAAAGACGGAUAUUUCUGGUUUGUCGGUCGAAACGACGAUGUGAUCAAUUCCGCGGGAUAUCGAAUUGGACCCUUUGAAGUCGAAUCGGUGUUAAAGCAACAUCCGGCUGUGGUGGAGAGUGCGGUGGUGGCUUCCCCUGAUGCGUCGAGAGGGGAGGUGGUCAAGGCGUUUGUGGUAUUGACGGAAGAGUAUCGUGCGAAGGAUCAGGAUGGUUUGGUGAGGGAAUUACAGGAUUAUUGUAAGAGGAAUGCUGCUCCGUAUAAGUAUCCGAGAAAGGUGCAGUUUGUGGAUGCGACGUUUCUUCCGAAGACUAUCAGUGGCAAGAUUCAGAGAAAAAAGUUGAAGCAAGAUGAGUGGUCUCAGGAUAAACCAAAGUUGUAAAUUUCGACUCGUGGGAUGAGUUUUGUAUGCUGAGGUUUUGAUGCCAUUGCGAGAGGACAGUAAUGCUGACUAGGUAGCAAUGCUCCUCCGCCAUUACAUAGCGGACAUAUAAAUCGCUAAUAUGCAGGCGCAGAUUGCC